GUUCUCUUUAAACUUACCAGAUUGACCGUAUUCUAUCAACACAACUGUUCUGUUCACUUCUUAUUGGAUUUUCAAAGAAGUCGAAUGUUUUUAUGAUUCGGAAGUUAAUAAUCGUAAAAUAGACAGUUUUAAAGUUACGUGGUGCAGUAAUAAAGUGAUUAUAUAUAUGCUUAUAUUUGAAUGCAAGUUAAAAGGUUCGGUUUGACAUAACAACUGAUUGUAAUUGUUGAAAAUUGUGUUUAAUUUUUAUUAGUAGUGAACUCAUACAUAUGUAUAUACAUAUAUAUGUAUGUAUAGUGCGAGUGAAUAAUUGCUGUGCGCAAGUAUUGUUUUUACAACAAGCAUAUGUAUAUAACAAAAUAAACACAAAUUGCUAGCAUACAUGGGUAUACACUAAUAUACAUUUAUAGCAUUGAUUCAUUGAAUAUUCAUUAACAUUCUCUGGCAAAAGUACAAAUAUACAUAUACCUUUUUGAACGCUUUCCCGCGUAACACACUGAAUUGAUGACAUAUAGUUGGCUUCGAAAGCACAUGUCCUUCAAUCACAUAGUCGACUUUUUAUAUGUAACCAGUACACAUACUAUACAAAACAAAUAUUUCGAGCUUCAAAUCAGAAACAAUAAGUUAAUAGCAGAAAUUUAGAAUUGCAACAAAUACUAGAAAAUAUAAUGCAUUGAAUGUCCUUCCAACUUUCAAAUAGAGUGUUUAUCAAUAUUUCAAUAUUAAAUUAAAUUGUUAUUAAAUUAUCAGCGAAUCAUGUUCUGUCAACAGUUUUUUUUUAUAUUUAUUUAAUGACCGCAAUUCUGAUGAAGUUCUAUUAAAUUGUUUAUAAAUUUGAAAAAAAGUGCAAUAACAAAAAAGUUCGUGAAAAAAUUAAAACAAGCGGGAAUAAUUGUCAUAAAGUAAAAAUGUAAUCUACUGUAAUGUGAAACCGAUUAUUAACAUUGUAGGUAAACAGAAAAUAUGCGUGCAUACAGCUGUGUUCAAAAAUUUAGUAGUGCCGGUAAAUUUUUAGCAGUUUCAAAUGUUCUCUUCUGAAUUUUGUAUAUUCUUGCAACAUGUUGCUACAGAGUACAAUAGUUUUGUUUAUCUAACGGUUUUUAGUAUCACCUAAAACUAAUCGACAUAGAUAUGAAGUUAAAUAUACAUACAUUCGUUCGUUCGUCUGUCUGUGCAAGUUGUAAUUUGAGUUAAAAUUGAGAUAUCGUAAUGAAACUUGGUACCGGUGUUCUCAGAAACUACUCGAACGAUAUCGACCAAAUUUGAGAUAUAUGCCAGCUGUAAUUGGGAACACGAAACCCAGACUUCGCUUCGUCAUUUUACUUAAUUUAAUUUGAAUAAUCAUUCAUAUAUACAAUGGAGCCCAGUUUUGAUGGUUGGGACUUUGCGGUGCUGAUCGUCAUAUUGGCAAUCUCAGCUAUGAUUGGCAUUUACUAUCGGUAUACAGGAGGGAAGCAGAAAACAAUCAAAGAAUACCUAUUGGCCGAUCAGAGUAUGACCACAUUUCCAGUAGCUGUGAGCUUGAUGGCGAGUUUUAUGUCCUCCAUCACGUUACUGGGUGUUUCUAGUGAGAGUUAUCAAUUUGGCACCAUGUUUUGUAUAAUCAAUUUAUCGUACAUCAUAAGCACACCGAUUGCGGCAUAUUUAUUCCUACCGGUUUUCUAUCGUAUGCGCACAAUGAGCGUUUAUGAAUACUUGGAGCGUCGUUUUGGACAUUCAACACGUCUCGCCGCUUCGAUUGCCUACUCCAUACAGAUGAUACUUUAUAUGGGCAUUGUACUAUAUGCACCAGCGUUAGCACUCGAAGCUGUUACCGGUGUGAGCAAAGUUACCGCUAUAUUGGUUAUAGGUUUAAUUUGCACCUUCUAUUCGACUAUUGGUGGCCUAAAAGCUGUGCUUAUAACCGAUGUCUUUCAAUCGAUUUUAAUGUUUGCAUCCAUUUACUCGGUAAUCGUGGUGUCGGCGAUCAAAGCUGGCGGCUUAGCACCAAUUUGGCAAGUAGCCGAGGAGCGUAAUCGUUUCUAUUUCACGGACUUUUCUUUGGAUCCCACUGUGCGACACACUUGGUGGAGUCUCAUUAUUGGUGGUAUGGUGACAUAUAUGUCAUUGUACGGUGUCAAUCAGGUGCAAGUACAAAGAUUAUUGAGUGUACGUAAUUUGGAGAGCGCACAAUUGGCUUUAUGGUGGAAUUUACCUAUUUUGAGCACACUCAGUUUCAGCACAUUAUUCAGUGGUUUAGCGAUGUUCCACUAUUACAGAAAUUGUGAUCCCCUACUGGAAGGUAGAAUACAAUCGAGAGAUCAAUUGAUGCCUUUAUUUGCGGUGGAUACAAUGGGUCAAUAUCCUGGUUUAUGUGGUCUCUUCGUAUCGGGCAUCUUUUCUGCCAGUCUUUCGACUGUUUCAUCAGCGGUCAGUUCAUUAUCGACUGUAACGUUAGAGGACUAUAUCAAACCAUUGUAUAAACACUUUACGAAAACAACGUUACAUGAAACAAAAUCAACACUGCCGAGUAAGAUUAUGGCCUGCAUUUAUGGAGUUGUCUGCAUUGGUAUGGCAUUCACGGCCAGUUCUAUGGGUGGUGUUCUACAGGCAUCUCUCACCAUUUUCGGCGUAAUUGGUGGACCAUUGUUGGCACUCUUCACGCUUGGCUUAUGUACGACGCGUGCGAAUCAACGUGGCGUACUUUUGGGCUUACUAAUCGGUUUGAUAUUCUCCUUCAUUAUCGGUUUUGGUGGUCCGAAACAACCGCCAACCACCUUAGAUUUUAAAGAUGAUGGUUGUCCAGCUGCUGGUAAUGGUAAUAUGUCUUUGGUCGCCGCGGCUCUUACACAGGCACGCAGCUUGACGUUUAAUAUGACAACCGCGCAACCAACAACAGUGUCGCCCGCAAUCGAAUAUAACUGGUUCUAUAGAUUGUCAUACUUGUGGUUCUCCGUAAUUGGUUUUUUGAUUACAUUAAUUGGUGGUUAUGCUUUAAGUUUGCUAUUGGAAGCCCUGAAAUGGGCUGAUAAUAAACAAAUUUAUUUAGAUUGUCAGCAAAUAGAUGUAGACUUAUUCAUACCACCGCUGGCGCGAAGAUUAAGUAGGCAUGCCGCUGGAGAAAUGACAAACUUCUAAAGCGCUUUCGGAGCUAUCUUCGAAAUAACAAAUUACUUAUUUAUAGAUGAAAGGUCUAAGUAAACAUAAUUAUGUAUAUAAAUGAGUAAUUAAUUUCAAUAAGCUUUAAAAUUUUAUCACAAUGUAAGUGUGCUUAAGUUUUUAAGUUCAACUUUUUGCUUUAAGUUGUCCAAGUAAGUAGAAUUUCUAGCGAAAUCGUUAAAUACUUAAAAAAAAUGUCACUUUUAAGAUUAAUUAAUUGAUUGCGUAAAGUUUGAGCUCUCUUCAAUGCAUUUAAUCAAAAUAAAUUAGAGCCAAAUUAACUGUUUACCCCAAAUUACAGCCAUUUUGAGGUUUACACUAGACAAUUAUAUUAGUUAUAAUUAAUAGAUGUACAUUUUAAUGUUCAAAAUUUGUAUUUCAUGUUUAGUUUUUAUAAAAUUUAUUUGGUAUUAAUUAAAAAUUAAUUUUUAUUUACCAUUUUAUUACCGCACUUAAAAAAAAUUAUAUAAUUUAAUUUUACGGAGGUUUUACUUAAUUAUUAAAAUUUUUGCAGUCCAAAAUAUUGCAAAUAAAGUUUCUGAGCCUGAAAGCUUUAUAAAAAUUUUUAUGAGUUAAAGCUAAAAGCUUACAUUUUAUGUUUACCAAAUAUCGGAAAUUACGAUUAUAUUAGUUACACAUUUUUAAUUACUUCCAAAUUGUAUGCUGAUAAAUGCGGAAUUCACACAGAAAUGCGAGUAUAUCUAUCAUAUUAGCGCCUUUUUUGAAAUGCGUUUUACAAAAGUUGUAUUGAAUAAACUUGGUACUUAAACUAAUUUUUUGGCAUGAAGCUCUUCUGUUCCUCUAAGCUGCCAUGUUUGCAAUAUAUACAUACAUAUGUACCAUAUAUACAAAUAAACAUCCCCAGCCAUAAUUACUGCGUGGUCUACGGAAGACAAAUAAUUGUAUUUGAAAGUAAGUGAUUCCAUUAAGUACCCUAUAUUUCAAGCAGUUUUAAAGAAUUAUAAAAAAAACAUUCAAACAAUAUAACUUUAUGUAACAUAACUAUAUAAUAACAUUCAAAAAAUAUAACCUUAAUGUAUAAAAGUAUAUUCUCAGGGCCAGCUUAACCUAAAAAUAGUAUAGGUUAUGCAAAAUAUGAAUAUUUGCAUUAAGGUUUCAUCAAGUAAUCAUUACAGUUCGUUUUGUGACUACCUCUAAUUAUGGCUAAUGGUCUUUCUAAUAACAUAUUGUUUCUUAUCGAAAUAAAAUAAAUAUGCAAAUAUAAGUUUAUAUUUUUUGAAAUAAAAUUUUAAUUUUUUAGUGUUAUUUAUAUUUACUGAAAAGAAAUAAUAUUUUUAGUGUUAUUAUAAUAAAUAUACUCAAAAAAAAUUGUUACAUAUAUAUUAUAUUUACAAUGCUGCACAUUUAUGUCAGUUAUAAAAGGUCUUCCAUUUUAAAUGUAGUCAGCUGAAAAAAUAUUAUAAAGGUUUGAAUGCUGAUGUGCUGUUAAUAAACGCUGGUCGCUAUUGAUGCUUUUGUAGCUUUAAUUUUCAUAAGCAAAGCAUAAAUAUUAUAUACUAAAUUUUUUUUACAAAAACAAUUUUUUCACAAAUAAAAAUGUAAUAUUCUUUACUGGAUUGCAUUUUUUUUUUUUAAUUAAGGCAGUUUAAUAUUUUUUAAUGAACAAUUUAUUUUUUAUGAAACAAAAUUUGUCUGGCAAUUCAUUUACACUAAAUAUUUUAUCAUGUGUAUAUUAUUACUAUUAUUAUUACUUUUUUUAUUUUUAAUUUAAAUUUUUAUAUUUAUUUUAUUUUAUAAAAUUUUUAAAAAUUUGUAUUGUUAUUUUUUUAAUUUUUAUGUUUCUUAUUGCUUAAAAUAUAUAUACAUCUAAGUGAAGUAAAAUAAAGCAGCAAUUAUUUUCGAUCACAUAUGACUCUUAUAUGUACGAGUAUGUAUUGUAUAUAGAUUUAAAUAUAAAAAGUCUCAUCAAAUACAGCCUCCAUACCAGAGAACAUCAAUGAAUAGAGAAGAAGCAAAUGUUAAAUGAAAUCUUUUUGAGUACUAAUUUGUAAUUCCAGAUGAGGGAACAUCGAAAAAUAUAACUAUUCAUUGACUUUCUCUGUCCAUACUGUUAUCAGCAUAAUGUUGUUCUUUACCAGAUGAUUUUUAGCAUAGUGAUAGUAGAAGUAAUGUUAUUUAACAGAUUAUUUACAUAGGUGAAACGGUAUUUGCUGUAAACUGUUUAUCAACAAUAAACAACUCUUUUUAUAAUUAACAUCAAAAAA